AUGCAGGAGAGUGUUCAAAUGAUCGCUUGGAUUUUGAGUGAUGACGAGCCCGCCCAGAGGCGUCACCAGGAGAUCGACACGAGAUCUGUGACCGUGGCCGAGUACAACGACCACUAUCUAGCGUAUUUGAAGGGCACCGACGUCUCAUCAACCCCGCCGAAAGACGAUACAUCAUUUGUCAAGAUGCACCAAUAUGGUCCGUGGAAUACAUUAGAUGCCUCUCACGUACGUGAGCCGGGAAAGCUUCUGCUUGCAAUCACGUUGAGAGCAGAAGACGAGUACAGAACCAAUUGA